AUGGUCGGAGAAGCUUUUGAGACAAAACCCCUCUUUCGCCGGCAUGUCCAAAAGUCAAGUGGCCACAAGGACUGGUCUGCGGAUGAGACUGCAGAUGAUAACGACUCGGUGUUCACACCAUCUCUCAACUCUGGUCAUCGGAGCGCAGAAGAUGAUGUUUUUGGGCCUUUCGCAGCAUAUGGAAAUAUUUGUAAUGAGCCCUGUUGCCGACACUACGGUACGGAUUACAAGUGCAAGUCCGAGUUCAACCGUCACGCAGACACAGGCGCUCACCGAAUUGCCGCGAAUCUGAACAGAGUCUUGCUCUCGACCGUCCCUACUGCCUCCGCACUCCAGGCCGAGCAGGAAGGCCUUCGUUCUUUCCGCUGCACUUCUCGUCUCUGCCAUCGCCACGGGGAAGUCUUUAGUACAGCAAAAUCAUUCUUCAACCACCUGAAAGACGACGAACACCGCGACAGAUGGUAUGUAAAAUUCGACGAUGAAAACCUCGAUUACAGUAGCGAUAAAGAUGUCUUGCCCGGAAUCCAGUUCUACGCUGGUGGAAAAAAGGGCAGAUGCGUCAACGAGAAAUGCCCUCGGUUUCGUUUCCAGUUUGACUCUUAUGGUGCUAUGAAGCAGCAUAGCAGAUCACUUGGUCACGUCCGGGCGGAAGAAGACCUGGGGUCUACCGACGCGAACGAAUCAGACGAGGAAGUCUGGAAGAAGAGCGCGGUACAUGGCAUGGCGGUUGCAGAGGGUGGAUUACUCUGGAAGUGCACCAAACAGGGCUGCAAGAAAUUCAACGUUGUCAUCAAAGGGCUUGGAAAUGCCAAGAGUCACUACAGCUCUGAUACUCACAUCAUGGCUGCGGAGGAGAUCGUCACUUCAUCCGACGAGUCCGUGGAACAUAUCGAAGGCAUGGAGUCCUUGAAAGAAGGCGACGGCUGGAGGUGCCUCAAGCGCGGUUGCCGAAAAUUCAACAAACUAUUCUCGCAUCUGGGCAAUGCCAAAAAGCACGCUGUAGGUGAUAGCCAUGCCUUGGCCGAGGAGCCCGACUCUGCAGAUGAGAACCUCGACGGGCUGGAGUACUCAAUGGAGGAAGGUGUCUGGACUUGCGUUAAGCCUGGCUGCAAGCGAAUGAACUCUAUCUACCAGCAUCUCACCAGCGCCCGAAAGCAUGCCAGUGCUAACAUUCAUACUCUAGCUGAGGAACCUGCGGAGGAAAUCGUGGAGGACAUUGAGGGCAUGGUGGCUUUGGACGAGGGGAGUGCUUAUAUGUGCAUCAAGUUCGGCUGCAAAGGGUCAAACAAAGUCUACUCUAACGUCCGCUCUGCCAAGUUGCACGCUAACGCCAGACCUCACAUGAGGGCUGGCGAGGUUUCAGCUUUCAUGCCCAGUCAGUUCAACAUGGACUUGUUUGCAACCCCGACGCGAACUCCACGGAACCUACUGCUUACGCCCAUGGAGACAGAGGAGUCGACCAUUGUCGUCACCCCAGGAAGCCCCUCUGCUGGUCGUGGAGCCAACCCUGCGGGCCAUCUAACAGGCGCACGAAACAACAGCUCUGCUCGGACUGUGAAGGCGAUUCGACUACGAGGGCUAUCGAUCAAUAAGCAGGAAGAGCUUGAGAGAAAAAACCGAGAGCUCGAAAGUCGGGUCGCCAAGCUAGAGAUGCAGAUUGGUCGGGUCCUUGGUUUACAGAGUCCUCCAAUCCAGAGCAAUGCGCGCUAUCAGAAUCCCGAGGUUCAUCAGAAUUCUCAAGUUUACCAGAACUCCCUGGUUCUUCAGAGUUCUCAAGUUCAGCAGAGUGCGCAGGUUUACCAGAGUGCGCAGUUGUUUCAGCAGAUGCCUGAAGCUCCUCAUGAGACUACAUGCGCUCGUGUUGAAGGUUUAUCCAAGUUUGUGCGGGCACCGUACCGUCCUAAGAUGUCAAUGCCUGUUGACGAGGAUGAACUGUGA